AUGGAGAAGCUUGCUAAUCAACAUCCUCUUGCCAGGAAAUAUUGGCAGUUUGUCGAGGUUUUCGACAUGUUCAAGCACAAUACUCAGGCGAGCGCGAUUCCAGCAGCCUCCGCCGCCGCUCUGCCCAUUGACGCCGGCUCGUCGAUUCGGAAGCCGAUCAAGCUCGUGGCCCGAUACGUACUUCUCUUGCCCGUCACCAACGCCUCAUGGGAAGCGAGAUCUGAGAUAAUCGGGGAGGUCGGCGAUGCCGGUGCGACCGAGAGUGCUGCUUCGCCGGAGAGCGAAUUGGUUCCGAGGAGUCCGUCUAGAAGCAGGGCGAGCGUUUUUGGCAUUUUUUCUAGUGAUUAUGUGCUCGAAGAUCAGUAUAGGAAUCCUUCGAAUGAGAUCAGGAUGGGGAAGCUGGCGGAAGAUGUCAAUGCUCUCGCCGGGACUAUAUGCUGCUAUAAGGCGGAUGUUGGCAAUUUUCUCUGCCUCAAAUGCUGUGUCCUGUAUACGGAGCUUAACAAUCCAGAUGAACCGCUGAUAAAUGUCCAAGUUGUGGCCGAUGUGAUGCAACCUGAGCUCUGGUCAAGCGAGGUAUUAGUGGCCCAUGCGUGUUACAUUUUCUUUUAGCAAAUUUUGAUACCAUUCUAACGGGUGUCAAAUGAAUUCUACUUUACAUUGACUGUACGUCCUGAGGCCUUGAGUGAUGGAUUGAGGAUUCGGAAAUCCCAUCCAUGGAAGAAGAGGCAUGGCAUGUCCUUGAAUGUACGGAUGCUGAGAGUUGUCAGACUUCAUCCUGAAUACA